AUGAGAAAAAUUUACAUUUUUAUCAGAUUUGAAUAUUUUGAGGUGAAGAACAGACUUACUGUGUUUGUGAAUUGCUUAAUCGAGAAUCCCGCUUUUGAAUCGCAAUCAAAAGAAUAUCUUACAACUACGGUGAGAAAUUUUGGCUCCACCUGCACAAUACCGGAGUCAUUUUUCGAGAAUUUCCUUGCAAGCAGUGAUAUUGUCGAUUAUCUGUUGGGUGAUAUCAGGAAACAGCAUGCGGCUUCGCUGAACCGCACAAUGAAGCGGCAACUCUGGGAUUUACCGAAAUUGGAAGAUGCUGCUGAAGCUGGCACCAAAAAUGGCCACUGCUGCACACUGAUCGUUACGGAAGGAGAUUCUGCGAAAGCACUUGCCGUUGCUGGACUUACUGUUGUUGGUCGAAAACACUACGGGGUUUUUCCGAUCCGUGGCAAAUUAAGCAAUGCUGUUGAAAAUGCGGAAAUCUCAGCUCUUACACGAAUACUUGGUUUGAAAUUUGGCGAAGAUUACAGCGAUGAUGCGAAACUGAAGAGUUUGCGCUACGGUCGACUGUUGAUAAUGACUGAUCAAGAUCCCGAUGGUUCGCAUAUCAAAGGAUUGAUUGUAAAUUUUCUGCACGCCUACUGGCCAUCAUUGCUCAAAGCAAAUUAUGUUAAUUAUUUUAUCACACCAUUAUUAAAGGUAAUUUUUGCAUACAAAUCGAAUUGGUAAAG